CGUAAAAGAAUCGCUGGUUGGGGUUCAAGAUUCAAAUCGACCAAAUACAGUUGUCAACAUACUCAUCUAGUUGCAUUGAAUUUCGCCCGUCCUGAAAGCUGCUAAACUGCAUUUUCAUCCCGUGUUUACGUGAAAAAACAACGGCAGAGGAACCGGCAACGUCGCAGGGGAAUGUCAGUCUUGCUGGGCCGGGCUUGGGGAAACAUCAGACAAUCGAGGCCACUCGCCGGUGCUGCCACACCGCCAACUACGGCCAGCGGAACAACUAGGCUACAGCACGCCAGCUUAGCAGUGCCAGUUAGUGAACAGCUAUAGGUAUGGCCUCCGCGAAAGGUACGGCGACGUUCUUCACCCACGGCACCUGUCAACAAUUCGAGCAGGUCCUGAAACUCUACCCCCAAGCCCUCAGACUCAAAGCCGACCGAAGGGCCAAAAAACCAGAGGAACUGAUUAAAUUAGACAACUGGUACCAGAAUGAACUGCCAAAGAAGAUCAAGAGCAGGGGCAAAGAUGCCCACAUGAUCCACGAGGAACUGGUCCAGUGCAUGAAAUGGAAACAGAUAAGGGGCAAAUUCUACCCCCAGCUCUCCUAUCUCGUUAAAGUUAAUACUCCCAGGGCCGUCAUGGCGGAGACAAAAAAAGCGUUCAGGAAACUGCCGAAUCUGGAGCAAGCCAUCACAGCCCUGUCGAACCUGAAAGGAGUCGGAACGACAAUGGCUUCCGCUCUUCUGGCUGCCGCUUGUCCGGAGAGCGCCCCGUUCAUGGCGGACGAGUGCCUGAUGGCGAUCCCGGACAUCGAGGGCAUCGACUACACCACAAAGGAGUACCUGAAGUUCGCCAACCACAUCAACUCGGUGGCCGAGAGGCUGAACAAGGCGGCGAGCGAGUGCAAGAGGCCAGAUGCUGCUUUCUGGUCCCCGCACAAGGUCGAGCUGGCCCUGUGGACGCACUACGUCGUCUCCGAACACAAACCAGAAUUGCUCUCUAGUAUUUUUGCAGGCACGCUCCUAGAAAACGGAAAUUCCAUCCCGCCGACCGUUGUUCACCAGAACGGCGACUCACUAGACCCCACCACGUCGGAUGAAAGCAACCAGGGGCCGAUCAACGGCAAGACCAUAAUCGACGAGGACACCACCACGUCCUUCACGGACAACAGUCCCCCAUCCAUAGACCAAAACGAGGAGACAAACGACAGCGUCGUGUCUGAAUCCACCAAGGACUCCAUCGUGUCCGAGGACUCCAACAGCUUGGGCGACUACAACAAACGACCCCUGGAAGACGACGCCAUCCAGCCGUCUAGCAAAAAGAUACGGGAGGACCUAGGCGAUAAGUGACAAAUACGUAAUUACCUAUAAUUUUUUUUUACUUAUUUUAAGGUUAGGAUUUACACACAUACACUAUAUUAGCAUUAUUUAAAUUGUGAGUGUUCUGGAAGACCCAUCGUUUUACUGCUCCUGUUCUGCAGGGUGUUUAGAUAAAUGGAUUAGUGGGGAUUUGACGGACGUUCGAGUUCAGACGAAGGUGGCAUUUCGGCUCUUUCGGUGACUUAAAGGAAAUUCGUAGGUUUUAUGUUGGGAUUUCUCCAUUUUUUUGAAACGUCUUGAGACACGGUGGGCCCUUUCGGGCACUUUUGGGGCUUCUCGAAUUUCCAGAAGAGACGAACAAAAAGUAGUUCAAAUGUCCCAGGCUUGAUUUGAAAGGAAAAUUGAGUGGUGAAAACCGUUUUUUGUUUGAUUCUAUUUUCCUGAUGACAAUUUUUGUGGAAAGAUUUUUUUAUUCAUUACUACACGGACUAAAUAAAAAUAAAAAUUCUACAAAAAUCUAAAAUUUAAGCAAAUAAAACAAUUUGACAUUACUGAAAACUGACAAAAAUUAUCAAUAUACGAUUUUCACUCAGAAAUUGAGCCUGAGACAUUUGACCUACUUUUUGGGAAACUCCCCUAAAAGUAUCGAAAUCGACCUACCCUGAACAUUAUUUUUUUUGUACAUUAGCGUCUAAAAACUGAACUAAGUCCGCUUCAUUGAACUUUGAUAAAUAGGUAUUUUUUAUCCGGUUCAUCGUUCACAGAAAACGGGCGGGUCGGGCACGUUUCGGCCCGUCGUUUCGAACACAAAUGGUGCUCCGGUACCUUCAACGGCUGUUACUUUAUUAAUGAUAGGACCCUCACCCACAUCCCCUUAAGGAAUGGUAACAUAACGUCACUGAAGUGUCGUGUUUGGUUUUAGGGAUACACUUUUUUUUUAAUUCUUGUCCAGGCCGUCACUGUUACAAUAUGACUGAAGAUACUUAGGUUUAGUAUAAAUUUACUUGUCAGUAGCAGCAGGGCGUUUCCUCCCCGGGAUAUUUCGAAACAAAUGCUUAUUUAUCAAGCGACCGAGUCCAUUGUUCUAUUUUUUCACUGUGGCAAAGUAAUGUAAAAAUUCGCUGUUUCGUCUUAUUUGUUUUUUUUUUGUUGUUUUAUUUAUAAUUUAGUCAAUAUGAUACUUUUUGAUACUGUCCUAUAUCAUAACAUUUAUUACCAUUUUUAGGGUAGUUUAAGUAAUUUAUUGCAUUGUUUUAUGUAUUCCUUUACUUUAGGCAUUCAUUUCGUAUUAAGCGCGGUACAUUCCAGUUUUUCGUUUGUCUUAUAAUUUUUUUUUUGAGUUUCGUUGUUCCUCGCGAACAGAUAUAGGAAAAGCAGGAAUUUUUGCAUUUGAAGUUUUUCUGUAUUUUUGUAAAUAAGUAAAGUAAGGUAGACUCUUUUAAUUUGGUGUAGCACAUUUUAGUUGUUCCGUUCCUCGUCCAACUUCAAAUGUAAUUGUUCGGUGUUCGUUUUUAUAAAAUCGUGAAAAAGUAAACGAGUACAAAAAUAUUUAACGAUUUUGUAAUUUCGAUUAACAUAGCAAAGCUCCAUUUUUAAUAUAAAUAUUUAUAUAAAAUAUAUAUAGAGACAACAAAUAACUGAAUGCCUUUUAUCAAAUAAUGUAGACGUAUACACUUUUACAAAAAAAAUACAUAGCUGUUAAUUUAAAUUAUAAUAUAUAAAUAUAUAUAGUGAGGUGUUAUUUUUUAAUAGGGGAUUCUGGACGUCCCCGGAGACGUACAUAGGUAUUUUCUCAUUUUUAUGCCCCCCCUCUCCUCACGCUUCUUAACUGGCCUCCGCGGACGUCCACCAUCCGGAAUAUUAUGUAACUGUAAAAAAUAUCAUUUGUAGAUGAGUUUUGAGGUUUUUGUAGGAUAUUUUCAUAAAUAUAAAUAUUUCACGGCA